AUGACUGCCGUGCCUAUGGCGUCUGCUCCUAAGAAGAUGUCUUUUGCCAAGGUCGUAGCAUCCGGUCCCAAAGAGAACAUAUCCCCAACUCAGGCUUCUCGAGUGGCUGUUCCUGCCAUGGAGCACCACCGCAUGCACUCCAAUACUGUUGCGACUCCUGCCGCAACAUUCAAAGACACCCCAUCGAUCGCCGUCAAGCCGGUGAGCCCAACUGUGGUUGGGAAAGCACCUUUUCAUAAUAGUUCCGCCAACGAGGGUUCCAGCCGGUCCAUCGACACCAAGAUCGCCCAGAGCAUGAAGGAUCUUGCCCUAUCUCCGGGUGCUGCGAACGUAGCAUCUACACCGAGCCUCGUGGUCAACGGCUCCUCGCCAUCUGUCGGAGAACCACAGGGCAAGGCUGAAAAUGGGAUAGCCGUGUCUGACGAUGUCUCGCAGAGAGCUGACUCUAGUUCCGAGAUUGGUACUAAGGCGCCCAGCCUCGACGGGAAAAGCAUCACCUCUGGCACAACCUUCGCCUUGGAUGAGAAGGAAUCUCUCCGGCCAGACGACAGUGCCAGCGUGAAAGCAGCGGGCGAGGAUGACGAACCCUUUUCAGUACGAGGCUCGCAGAUGGCCAACUCAAGAAUCGGCUCCGAGGUUGCUCGUGUACACCGGCUGCGUCUUGGUGACAUGCCCGAGCGGCGAAUUAUCCAGCUUCUGCCUGAGUCUCAAGAUCAAGGAGUAGUGACUCCCCAGAGUGGAUCCUCCGGACCGCCCCCUCCUGUAGAGGCUCCGCAGAUAUUGGCAACUGUCGCUGGCACCCCUGAUGCAUUUAGUUCUAUGUAUGCUCAGAACCCCGAUGAGAAGCUCAUUGAAGCCAUGUCAUCGCCAAAAGACCGUCUAUUCUUGCUUCGACUAGAGCACGAUGUCAUCAACUUCGUUCAGUCAUCGACAGAGCCGUAUAUGGAUCUGCCUCCAAACAACUCAUUCUGCCGGAUGUUGACCCAUAAACUUGCCGACUACUAUCACAUGACACAUUCUUUUGAAGCUGUCCAAGGCGCUGUGCGCAUCUACCGAACCCCUUUCUGCAGGGUACCACCUUCUUUGGCUAGUUUAGUGGGUAACAAAGCUGAGAGCAAUACCGAGACCACUCCUCCUGUCCUGCUGCCCAAGAAGAUCAUGCGUCGUGGCGAAGAAAACGGAUCGGGCAAUGCAAGUGGCACCUCCAAGGGCACUUCUGAAGACGGCAGUGACGGGAAGGACAAGGCUGGGCAAUCCAAAGAAAAAUUGUCUCGUGAGCAACGCGAAGAGGCAUACAACAAGGCAAGAGAACGGAUUUUCGGUAGCUCGGAAAAGACGGGAGAAUCAACACCAGAUAACGAAGAAGGCGUAUCUCGUGCCAGUUCUGUUUCGGCCAGGGAGAAGUCAAACCUUGGUAAGAGAGGCAAGACUGGCAAGCAGCGCAGGGACGACUCGGAGAGCUUCGAUUCUCGUUCUCAAUAUCAGGCGUACUACAACCCUGGACAACCUGGGUGGACGCCACAUUACAUUCCUGUCGGAAACCCACAGUACAAUGGACAACUCCAGCAGCCUUACCCAAACCCCAUGGCUCAGGCUUAUCCCCAGCCGGUACCUACUUAUCCUCAGAUGAUGCCCCAGGUGCCCAUGAAUGGAUAUCCUCAGUAUGGACCAAUGCCGACAUACCCCCAACAGUCUCCCCAGCCUGCUCAGCCUCCCCAGCAACGAUAUCCUCCUGCGAGCGGGCCAGUGACAGGUUAUGGAUCUCCACUGCAGAACAUGCAGGCUGUACCGGCCCAGCAAGGCUGGCAGCAGCCUGUCUACAACCAGGCGCCAUCUCCAGUCCCUGUUCCUGCCGCGUUUCAGCAGCCAGCUCGUGCUCCCUCGUCCCAGCCUCAAGGCAACUCAGGACAGUCUGGCAUUCCAUAUGCAUUUGGACAACUCCCCGCCAACGCCAACCCAAACGAUCCCAAGAGUCAACAUCCAAUUCCUGGUAGCUAUAACCGCCAUGCAUUCAACCCCAAGACUCAAUCAUUCGUUCCCGGCAGUGGCAUGAGCCCCGUUCAACCACCUAUGGCACCCUUCAAUAUGAAUGUUCCGCAUGGUAGUCCCCAAAUUGGAUCCCCGCAUAUGGGCUAUAGCGGAUACAGUUCCCCUGCUCCGCCGCAGCCUUACAUGGGAGGCCCGCCAAGUUAUGGGAUGAGCCGCCAGAGCUCCAAUAAUUCGCUGCCGCCUUAUCACUCGCAUGCCACGCCCCCUCAACAUCUACCUCAGCAUCCUGGCCAGCAUCUCUCCCAGAUGCCCUCCCAGAUGGCACCCCCGAUGGGUAGCCAAAUGACUCAUAUGGCCCCCAUGCCCCCAAUGGCUCAGCCUGUGGGCCACCAAAUGCAAAACAAGAAUAUGCAAGGUCCCGGGCCAGGGCCCCAACCAAUGCAUUCCGGUCACCCUACUGGUCCGCAGACCUUCUCCUCACUCCCGAACUACGGCAAUCCGGCUACACUGCCCCAGAAACCCCCUACUGGUAUCUAG